UCUGUGCUCUCCUCCUCUAGAGAUCUGUUCUGCUGACUCAGUGCCUUACAGAGAACAGUCCAGUUCCUCCAUCACAGCUUCACAGAUCCAGUACAGAACAAGACAUCGUCAGCCAUGGCAAAAACCGCAGUCGCUUACAAAGAGAAGAUGAAGGAGCUGUCCCUUGUCUCCCUUAUCUGCUCCUGCUUUUAUCCAGAGGCCAAAAACAAGAUGAUGGCCGAGUUUGAAGACAUGAAGGUCAAGCCAAUUAAUAAGCGAGCAUCUGGCCAGGCCUUCGAAGUGAUCCUGAAGCCACCGUCCCCUACAUCUGAUGGGGGCUACAGCAUCACCUCUCCCCCCAAGAAGAGGGACAUCUCUCUGGAGGACAUUCAAAAGAAACUGGAGGCUGCUGAGGACCGAAGGAAAUCUCAGGAGGCUCAGGUUCUGAGAGCCCUGGCAGAAAAGCGUGAUCAUGAGCGUGAUGUGCUUCUUAAAGCCAUGGAAGAAAACAGCAACUUCAGCAGGAUGGCGGAAGAAAAACUUAUCUUGAAGAUGGAGCACAUCAGCAGGAACCGAGAGGUUCUGCUCAUCAACAUGCUGGAGCGCCUACAGGAGAAGGAGAGGCAUGCCCAAGUGGUACGCAAGAAUAAGGAACUGAGAGAUGAGCUGAGCGCAGAUGAAAUGAUUCACUAAUUCUCCACCAUUACCAGUCUGACCAUGUCAGAGACCAUCUCCCCUUAUUAUUGGAUUCCAUGUAGACAAAAGAUCCCGCACACCCCGCUCGCCAGUUCCUUACCCAAGGGAGAAGGACAAACCCUCAGUAACACCAUCAGCAUAUCUCUACGCCAUCUCCUUCUGCAACAAAAAAAGAUAAUACAUCAUGCAUCCCACUGUUUCCCAGACAAGAAUGUUUUGCUUGAAUAGAAAUGAAUUCAAAGUGGGUAUUGUUUUUUAUGUAAAUAAUUUGUUUUUUGGGUAUGUAUAUGAAAUAACAAAAGUAUUGCAUUGUGCCAUUUUAUAGCUUUCUCUCGAUAUUAAUGGAUGUAUUCAUUGUUUCAAUUUUUCUCUCUGUAGCUUUUAAAUCUGCUGCAGUUUCUCUUGUAUCUGGCUUUAGUGUUCUAUGGCUAGCUGUCAUUUAGCAAUUUCACUCCAUUUAACCCCACAUGGCCAUGAUUGUACCUGUGUGUGUGUGUGUGUGAGGAGCAUAUCCAGAGAGAUAGUUCACUGGAGAUAGAGCCAACUCUUGCCAUCUGUCUAUUUAUGUGUUCAAAAUAAUUUUUCCUACCCUGGAACGAAUACUAUAUUCAUUUUCGGAUUCACACACAGGUGGUACAUACGUACACAUCAUAAAUGCACAUGUGAUUUAGCAAAUAUGACAUUUAGCUCAGGAGGAGCAUGCUUAAUCAAUAGUUUAAUUUAACAUCUGUGCCUCGUCGUCACCCUGGUGCUGCUUAUGUACAGUAGUCUGUGUUCAGUUGUGGUUCUCUCAUCCUAAACAAAGCAUGCCAGAGAGAAACCGAUGCCAAAACCACAGAGGCCUACCUCUCUACAAGAUCUAAAUCUGCUGAAUGUAGCAUGGGUAAAAAAAGAUCUUACUCAUGGGCACUAUUGAGGCAAAACAGAGAGCAAAGGUAGCCCGCAUUCCUAUCCAUAUCUGACUGUGUGUAAGUGUGUGUAUGUGGCCAAAGUGAUAUGGGUGAACCACAGGGGUGUAUGAUUGCUCUUAUUUGAGCAGAUGGAGAUCUGCUCCCCAGGUUCAAAUCAUUCCAGCGUCAAAGAUCUUCCAUCUGCAUCCAUCACCUGUUUGUGUGCUUUUCCCCCUUCACACAUAUGUUGUUGUAAGCAAGUUGUGGUGAAUAAAGGUACGGGGUUCUGUGAAUGAGA